GUUGAUGUGUUUCCGAAUACUUAGAGCUCUAACGUUGUUUAAAAGCUGUAAUGGCUUUAUAGGCGUGUGCUAAAGUGUAGACACUUUCAGACCCAUAUUCCUGAGCCCCUCUCAAGUAAUUCGGGAAAAAGCCGAGACCGGUGGCCGAAUUCUGAAACGAUAUCGAUGGACAAGGUGGAUAUUCGGGAACGAUGUUUUGCUUCCAGCAUAUCGCACAGUUACGCCGAACAACCAAGCAGAACCUCCUCCAAGGUACGAACACCCGAACAGGAGGUAUGCCGAUAACAGGAUUAGCACAACCAAGUAUAGUAUACUUACUUUUUUGCCAAGGAAUUUGCUAGAACAGAGAAGAGAUAUUCGGUAGUC